AUCCAAAGGAAAACCAACAAGCCAAAGCAAAGAUGUUGUCGAGAAGGAUCCUCAGCAAACACAGGCCAUUCAGCACACACUCAGUCUUCACCCCACUAGACAGCUUCCCAUCCAGACACCUCGGACCACGAGACCAUGACACCAAACUCAUGCUCAACUCACUCGGCUUCAGCUCACUCGACCAGUUCAUCGACAAGGUCAUCCCCCAAUCAAUCAGAGUCAGCCCACUCUCAAACCAGGACAUCAAACCACACUCCGAAUCCGAACUCACCCAACGAGCACUCCAACUGGCCCACAAGAAUACCAUCGCAAAAAACUUCAUCGGAAUGGGUUACUCAAACGCACUCAUGCCACCACCCAUCGCAACAAACGUACUCCAAAACCCCGCCUGGUACACCAGCUAUACGCCCUACCAAGCCGAGAUCUCCCAGGGAAGACUCGAGUCCCUGAUCAACUUCCAAACCAUGAUCAGCUCUCUCACCGGACUGCCCAUCGCCAAUGCUUCCCUACUCGACGAGGCAACCGCUGCAGCCGAGGCCAUGACGCUCUCCUACAACCAGUCAAAGUCCCAGAGCCGCAAGACCUUCAUCGUCGAUCGAUCCGUCUUCCCCCAGUCAAUCGCCGUCCUCCGUAACCGCGCCGCCCCCGCCGGAAUCAAGCUCAUCGUCACCAACAUCAAGAAGUAUAUGGACGGCCAGGAAGCGCUCCCCUCAGACUGCUUCGGAGUCCUCGUCCAAUAUCCCGAGCGACGUGGUGAUCUCACCGAUUGGUCCAGGCUCGCCGACGCCGUACACAAGAAUGGCGCACUCCUCAGCUGUGCUACCGAUCUCCUAGCCCUCACCAAGAUCAAACCACCCGGAGAAUGGGGUGCCGAUAUCGCACUCGGUAAUAGUGCCCGCUUCGGUGUCCCUCUAGGCUAUGGUGGCCCACACGCUGCCUUCUUUGCCGUCAAGGAUUCCUUAACUCGUAAGAUCCCAGGUCGACUCAUCGGUCUCUCCAAGGACUCCAACGGGAAACCAGCCUACAGAUUAGCACUCCAAACACGAGAACAACAUAUCAGAAGAGAUAAGGCACUCUCCAACGUCUGUACCGCUCAGGCACUCCUCGCCAACCUGGCCGCAUUCUAUGCGGUCUACCACGGCCCCCACGGCCUCCGUCGGAUAGCCGAUCGGGUCCACGGCAUGACCCAGGUGCUUGCAGCAGGGCUCGAGAAGUUGAGCUACGAGGUCGUCAAUCAGACCUACUUCGAUCGACUCACCGUCAACACCUCCGGCCUCGCCAUCUCCGUCGUCCUCUCAGAGGCCAAGAGCCGACACAUCAACCUCCGCCAUGCCGAUGACUUCCAUGUCGGCAUCACGCUCGAUGAGACCCACUCGCUCAAUGAUAUCCUCGCCCUCCUGAACCUCUUCGUCGACCUCAACGAACUCAAGUUCAACCGUCGUCUCGGCCCCGAUCAUCACUACUCCGAACAGUCUCUCCUAGCCCUGGCCGACAGUCUCAAUCUCAAACCGGUUAUCGGGCCACUAUCCGACCAAUCUCUCGUCUCAUCAACCGACCCUUCAUCAUCAUCAUCAUCAUCAUCAGAACCUCUACCAGCCUCAAACAAGAUCCCUACCAGUCUCUCUCGUCAGACUAACUUCCUCGAACACCCCGUCUUCAACAGAUACCAUUCGGAGACCGAACUCAUGCGCUACAUCGCCUCCCUCCAGAAGAAAGAUCUGUCCCUCGUCGACGCAAUGAUCCCCCUCGGAUCAUGCACCAUGAAACUCAACUCGGCUACCUCCAUGGGCCCGCUCAGUUGGAAAGCGUUUAGCUCGAUCCACCCGUUCGCCCCUCAAGAACAAGCCGCUGGAUACAUGGAAAUGAUCAAAGAAUUGGAGGCCGAUUUGAGUAAGAUCACCGGCUUUCCUGCGAUCAGUUUGCAGCCCAACUCUGGUGCUCAAGGUGAAUAUGCCGGGCUUUCGGUCAUCCGAGCCUACCAUCAUUCGCGAGGGGACCAGAAACGGGACGUAUGUUUAGUACCCGUUAGUGCUCAUGGGACCAACCCGGCCUCGGCAGUGAUGGCAGGGAUGAAAGUGAUUCCGGUCAAGACGAUGAAAGACGGCUCGUUGGAUCUGGAGGAUUUGUCGGCCAAGGCGGCCAAGCACCAGGAGCAGUUGGCAGCAAUCAUGAUCACCUAUCCGUCGACCUAUGGCGUCUUCGAGUCGCAAGUCCAGGAGGCUUGCGAGAUCAUCCAUCGUCAUGGAGGACAAGUCUAUUUAGAUGGCGCCAAUAUGAACGCGCAGAUCGGGCUCACCAAUCCGGUAAAAUGUGGGGCAGAUGUGUGUCAUUUGAACCUUCACAAGACCUUUGGAAUUCCACAUGGAGGCGGCGGACCAGGGGUAGGACCGAUCGGAGUGGCCGAACAUCUGGCAGAGUUUUUGCCCAGUCACCCGAUGAUUGACGGCAGGAUCGAUAAGUAUAACUGCGGAUCUAAGUCCGACAAGGCGAUCCAUCCCGUCUCCUCCGCCCCUUGGGGUUCCGCUUCUAUCCUCUCUAUCUCCUGGUCUUAUAUCAAAUUGCUCGGAGGUCAAGGCCUUACUUUGAGCUCUAAAAUCGCGCUCCUUAAUGCUAAUUAUUUGGCCAAUUCGCUUAAAAAUCAUUUCGAUCUUAAGUUCAAGAACGAAUCCGGACUUUGUGCUCAUGAAUUCUUGAUUGAUUUCUCGGAGUUUGAGAAGAAGUAUGGGAUCAAAGUGAUGGACAUAGCCAAGAGGUUGAUAGACUAUGGCUUCCAUCCGCCGACCUGUUCGUGGCCAUUAUCGACGUCGAUGUUAAUCGAGCCAACGGAGUCAGAGUCGAAGGCGGAACUCGACCGAUUCCUGGAUGCAUUGAUCUCGAUCCGAAAGGAAUUGGCGACUGAACAGGGCCGCUUUCUGAUCAAGAACGCCCCCUUCGAUCUCGAUUCCGCCUUCCGGUUGGCGGCCGAUCCUAAGGGCCGACUGCAGCUCCCUUCUUCUGAGAACGACGAGCACUCUGCCUCUCCCGCCCAGAUCCUCCAGAACGCCGUCUACCCCGUCGACAACCUUAAGAAAAAUAAGUUCUGGCCGUCCGUGGCUCGAGUCGAUGAUACCUACGGCGACAUGAAUAUCUUUUGUACUUGUCCGUCGGUCGAAGAAGUCGCCGGCUCUGAUUCUGAUACCGAGCCCUAAAUCAAUACCUUCCCUCAAUCGAACUCUUCUUCUUCUUCUUAAAAACAAUCUCUCUUUCUCUCUCUCUUUCUCAUCUGAUCGCUUCAUUGUCGUUUUUCUUUCCCUUUCUUUUUUUGGUACAGGUAGAGGUUGGUUAUAAACUCUCUCGUUUCCUCUCUCUCUUUUUUUUUUUUUUUUUUUUGAAUGGUUUAGAGAUUUCCCUUCAUCCCAUCCCAUCCUUUUCUUUUCUCUUUUAUGAGUACAUGUUUUUUGUUUACGAAAAAAAAACGAAAAACGAAAAACGAAACAACUGAAUCAUCCAACCAGCCUCCAACAGAACGACAUCAUCGCUUUCUCUCCCCGUCUCUUUUUUUGGUUUUCUUUUGGCUUUGGCUUUGGCUUUGUCCUGGGUGGGUGGUUUGGGUUGAUGAUGAAUCUGAAUCAGAUUUAAGGUAGAAUGAAUCAAUGAAUGAAUGAGUGUGAUGAUCCACCUCAUGUUUUG